AUGGCAGAACUACUUCGGAGGCAUCUGUUCGCUAUCUUUGAAGACGAUCAGCCUGGACCUCGAGCACAUCAACACAGUAAUAUAACUGGGAGAGCAAUAUACAGUACCUUGUCAUGCCUCCCAUUAGCCCUUACUUGCUAUCUGUUCUGUAACUACAUUGUCUCCAUCGCUUUCCUCAUAACGUCCAUCUCGAUCUCUGGUGUUGGAAUUCACACAGGAGGCUUCUGUCGAACGGCAAUCUACUUCUGCAUCGCUUUUCUCUUCGUUGGCAGACUCACGACUCAACUCUUCCUCAUCGAACGAGCACACAUUGCAAACCUGGACUACCUUCGACGUCGCGAUGACCCUAUCUGGAUUCUCUCUACAGCCAGUGUGGGCGUUUUCGCUACCUUUUUACUCGUCUGGGCUUUCUUAAACCCGGUCGCAUAUAUUGCCAACGACGAUGGCAGAUGCCGUAAGGGCGUUCCUCCAGCGGUUGUGGCACCCCUCGAGAUCUACGAGGUCGUCACAUAUGUCCUGCUCACUGGCGUCUUCAUCGUAAUGCUCCGACGAACCAGACGUACAGCGUUGUUCCCACCGGUCCCUGAGCGCUUCGUCACCUUUGGCAAAGCGUUGAAUCGACUAAGCCAUGCCGCCAGACCUGCUAGCAUCAAGAAAAGUCUCGAGGCUCAAGUGGAAGAGGUUGACUCUACUGCAAGCGGCAUCGUCCUGCCUCCUUCCACAAAACCUUGCAAGCUUCGCGGUCUGGCACUCAAGUCCUUGAUCGGUACUAUCUUGAUCCUCGGCUGGGGAGUCAUCAAUUCCACCAUCUUCUAUGUCACUGGUGGGCGGGAACAUGUUUGGCUUUGCUUUACGCAAUGCAACAUGGACAGUAAGUCUUUACCUACUCAUUGCUCUAACAAGUACACUGCUAAUGUCUACGCCNNAGUUUUCCUCUCGGUCUGUGUACUUCACUGGUUGACAGCGAACCCCAAGGAGCUCGAACGCAGUAUGCGAGGAACCAGGCCCUCAGUGACUGAACUGCCUGUCUUCCUUCGAGGGGACUCGGUUGCAGAACCAGAACCUGUUAAGCUUUCACCUUCGUCUUCUUCUUCGCUUGUGUAA